CCUUCACUCUUCUCUUCUCUUUCCAUCACUAACUUCAACCCGGUCAACCCCAGUCGACAAAAUGUCCACCUCCGAGCUCGCCUGCUCUUACGCCGCUUUGAUCCUUGCCGAUGAUGGCAUUGAGAUCUCUGCCGACAAGAUCCAGACUCUCCUGACUGCCGCCAAGAUCCAGGAGGUUGAGCCCAUCUGGGCCACCAUCUUCGCCAAGGCUCUUGAGGGCAAGGACAUCAAGGACAUGCUGACCAACGUUGGCUCCGCUGGCCCUGCUCCCGCUGCUGGUGCCGCCGCUGCCGGUGGUGCUGCUGCCCCCGCCGAGGCCGCCGCUGAGGAGAAGGUUGAGGAGAAGGAGGAGUCCGAUGACGACAUGGGAUUCGGACUUUUCGACUAAGCGGUUUAACCGUUCCGAAGUUGAAGUCGUUUCCUUUUUGCCGUUUACCUUACCUUUUAUCCCGCUGCCGCCUUGCGGCUCCCUCGACGAUUCUCUCUUGUACUCGAUACUCCACGACCCCUGCUACGAAGACCUAAAUCACGGGGAAGAAAAAAAAGAAAAUAGCAAAAUUCAAACGGACAAGGACAUUCAAUGGAGACUGGGUGCUCGGUCUACCUCCGCCUCGAGUGCCGGAGGUAGAAUCGAUCGGAUGCC